UUACUCUUCCGUUGUUGAUGUCGCAGUCACAUGAUCUGACAAAAUGGAGCAGAGAUCCUCGUCAGAAGUUAGCUUGGCAUCAUCCAAUUCAAGUGACGUCGAAGCAAAAUCUACUCAUGUCCUUCUUGAAGAACUUACCCGCGACUAUAGCUAUUAUCUGAACUUCGAUAUUUCGAAAGAGCAAGGCAAGUUUUCAGAAAGCAUUGAGUCAAUGCUGACAAAAUUGGAAGAGUUCUGUGGCUUAGUGGAUAUGAUCCGCAGUGACACUUCUCUUUGCUUGACAAAGACCAUGCCAGAAAUAGAAGCUAAAUGUAAGGAAAUGAACGACAUCUUUACCCACAUUGAUCAUUUAGAGGCUUUUGUGUCUGUUGUGAAGAAAGAUGUCAGUGCAAUGGAGGAGAGUGUCAGCAAGGCUGAGUCUGAGCUCAGUACUAGUUCCCUUAUGCAAAGACUAUCAACGUUUAUGUCUAGGAAGCCUAGCAGUGACGUUAGAAGGCCACAGCAGAAGCCACAGUUUAACCCACCUCAUAUAUUUCAUACUGAAAAAUACAUUAACACCUCUCUUGAUAUUGGCUCCUCAGCUGACACAAAUGUAUCAUCAUCUACAACAGCCACUGGAGAUAUUGAUGCAAGUUAUGUAGAGAAUGCUGAUACAAGUUCUACGGAUACAAAAGUGAAACCAGAAGAAGGAUCAAGUUAAAAGAACUGUGUGUAAGACCAGUUGUUUCCUGCUUAAUUGAGAUUGUUGUCUUUCACAGAAUUGAAGAUCUCAUUGUGGUAUUGACUAAAUUUGUGUGUGUGUGUGUUAGAUUUUGGUGAAGAGUGAAAACAGUUCUGAAUCCUGCUAGGAUUUGUCUUCAGGCUACACAGAAUACAGUAUCCACCAGAACAUAGGAUGGAAAAGAUUAAGAAAUUAUUUUGCUUGUUGAAAAAUAUCAUUUGAUUCAUUUGUAUGUUGCCUAUUAGUGUUAGUUUAUUACCAGAUUUUAUUGUAUUAUAUUCUGUCCUUUUAUCAAAUGAACCAUUCACACUACUUUUUUCACUUUGCUUUUAAGAUAAUUAAUUUUGUUUGGAUGGUCUUUCGUCCACAUGAAUAUGUAGUUUGUGCAAUUUUAACCUUGACAUAAUUGCAGAAUGAUAGAAAGAUGUUAUGUGGUGCUUUUUGCAGCCUAUGUUGAUUCCAUGAGAACCACAAAAGGUUGAAAGUCAAAUAAGUUUUAAUUAUGCCAUAAUAUUGCAUUUAUUUGUAUGCAUGAAAAAGAUUGCAUGUCUGACAUACAUUUUUGAAAACCAGUUAAACACUUACGCUACUUACAUGAAUGUGGGUUAAAUUGUCUUUAGAGUGAUAUUUGAAGACAGAUCCUGUCUGUUUUUAUGUGCAAUAAAGAGUGAAAAUUUUA